GGGAAGGGCAGCAGCAGCAGAGAAUCCAAACCCCAAAGCUGCUAUCACAAAGCACCAGUUCUCCAAGUUGGGGCUCAGAGGGGAGCCAUCAUGAGCGAUGUUACCAUUGUGAAAGAAGGUUGGGUUCAGAAGAGGGGUUUCUUUCUUUUUAAAGUACCCAUCUGAUGCUCUGCAUUUCUCAAAGAUUAUGGAUGCGUGGCUGGAACUCAAAGUGAGAAGUUGCUGUCUCCCCAGCACCUUGGGUGUCAGUCUUUGCUGCGAUGGCUCUCUUGAGAAGACAGGAGAAUAUAUAAAAAACUGGAGGCCAAGAUACUUCCUUUUGAAGACAGAUGGCUCGUUCAUAGGGUAUAAGGAGAAACCUCAAGAUGUGGACCUACCUUAUCCUCUCAACAACUUCUCAGUGGCAAAAUGCCAGUUAAUGAAAACAGAACGACCAAAGCCAAACACAUUUAUUAUCAGAUGUCUCCAGUGGACCACUGUCAUAGAGAGAACCUUUCACGUAGACACUCCAGAAGAAAGGGAAGAAUGGACAGAAGCUAUCCAGGCUGUAGCAGACAGACUUCAGAGGCAAGAAGAGGAGAGAAUGAAUUGUAGUCCAACUUCACAGAUAGAUAAUAUAGGGGAGGAAGAGAUGGAUGCUUCCACAACCCAUCAUAAAAGGAAGACAAUGAAUGACUUUGACUAUUUGAAACUACUAGGUAAAGGCACUUUUGGGAAAGUUAUUUUGGUUCGAGAGAAGGCAAGUGGGAAAUAUUAUGCUAUGAAGAUUCUGAAGAAAGAAGUUAUUAUUGCAAAGGAUGAAGUGGCACACACUCUAACUGAAAGCAGAGUAUUAAAGAACACUAGACAUCCCUUUUUAACAUCCUUGAAAUAUUCCUUCCAGACAAAAGACCGUUUGUGUUUUGUGAUGGAAUAUGUUAAUGGGGGAGAGCUGUUUUUCCAUUUGUCGAGAGAGCGGGUGUUCUCUGAGGACCGCACGCGUUUCUAUGGUGCAGAAAUCGUCUCUGCCUUGGACUAUCUGCACUCCGGGAAGAUUGUGUACCGUGAUCUCAAGUUGGAGAAUUUGAUGCUGGAUAAAGACGGGCACAUAAAAAUUACAGAUUUUGGACUUUGCAAAGAAGGGAUCACAGAUGCCGCCACCAUGAAGACGUUCUGUGGAACACCAGAAUACCUGGCACCAGAGGUGUUAGAAGAUAAUGACUAUGGCCGAGCCGUGGACUGGUGGGGCCUAGGGGUUGUCAUGUAUGAAAUGAUGUGUGGGAGGUUGCCUUUCUACAACCAGGAUCAUGAGAAACUUUUUGAACUAAUACUAAUGGAAGACAUUAAAUUUCCUCGAACACUCUCUUCAGAUGCAAAAUCAUUGCUUUCAGGGCUCUUGAUAAAGGAUCCAAAUAAACGCCUUGGUGGAGGACCAGAUGAUGCAAAAGAAAUUAUGAGACACAGUUUCUUUUCUGGAGUAAACUGGCAAGAUGUAUAUGAUAAAAAGCUUGUACCUCCGUUUAAGCCUCAAGUAACAUCUGAGACAGAUACCAGAUAUUUUGAUGAAGAAUUUACGGCUCAGACUAUUACAAUAACACCACCUGAAAAAUAUGACGAGGACGGCAUGGACUGCAUGGACAACGAGCGGCGGCCGCACUUCCCGCAGUUUUCCUACUCCGCAAGUGGACGGGAAUAAGCCUCCUUCAUCCUGCUCCUUCACGGCCACCUUAGAUUUCCUCCUGAGAGUGACUCCUGCGCGUCACAGCAGGCCUCGCUCCCACAAAUAGCAGGAGCACCUUCAGACACCCCGGACCCAGCAGGUCUCCGCCCCUCGCCGCUCCGCCCACACGAACACACAGACGCACACACGCGCCCUUUUGUUUUUGCAUGAAAUUGUAUCUAAGUCUAAGGUCUCAUGCUGUUGCUGCUACUGUCUUACUAUUAUAGCAACUUUAAGAGGUAAUUGUACAAUCUUCGGAAGUCAUGAGCCCACCAUCGUUCAUUUGUGCACCGAUUGUCAUCUUUUGAUCUUUUAGUUUUUGUUUUCCCUAACGGUGAAGGCUAAUGAGAUACACUGAUUCUAGGUACAUUUUUUAACUUUCUAGAAGAUGCAGACUAAUUAGACUAAGAAGAUUUAGUUUAUAAUUCAGAACAAGCGAUUGUGGGAGGGUGGUGGUGUGCAUACGCAGAAUUGUAGUACAGCACGUCAGAUCAGUGCAUAAAGAGGGUAUGUGUCACUCGGAUCUGGCUGGAGUUCAUUAGGAAGCAUUGAGGGGAGGACUGAACGACUGCGGGCAUAGAUAUGUAUGUACAUAUUUAUUUAAAUUCCUGUUGGAUGCUACAGAGGCAGCUCCGUGCGCCACGUGGACAUCCAGAUUUCAGAGGCAGUCGUGGGCAAGUGAACGUUGUUCUCCCAAGGAAGAGAGCAUAUGCAAGCAGGCCAAGGUCACUGCAGGGUCUAGGACGUGAUUUGCACCAGAGAGCAUUUUUUCCCUGUGCUUGGAAACCUUUUUCCCUUCUUGAUAUUUAUCACCUCUGAUGGCUGAAGAAUGUAGACAGGUGUAACGAUCCUGCUUUUCACCAAAUUUGGACACCAAGGUAAACAGGUGUUUGCCUUAUUUGUUUUAAUUUUUUACUUUCAGUUCUGCGUGAAUUAGCUUUUUCUCGGAUGUUAAACUUUGAAUGUCCUUUUAUGAUUUUGUUUAUAUUGCAGUAGUAUUUAUUUUUUAGUAAUGAGAAUUGUAUGUCAUGUUAGCAAAUGCAGCUCCAACUUACAUAAAAUAGACAUACUACAGUUUAUUUUGACCCAUGUGCGAGGAAUGUACACACCGAUGAGAAUCAUGCACUUUUUCUCCUAUGUAAACAAGUGUGGAUGAGGCUCUGGAGCUGUCUGUAUUGGUUAGAAUGUGGCUCUGGGAGAAGAGAUGCUGUCAUUAACCCCUUGGUGCUAAAAAUGAGCAAAUUCCCAACUCUCCAUGCCAAGGGGUUAACGAGACAAGUGGAUAGUGAUGUUCGCUCCGUUGAGAAGUGAACUGUGAUGACGGCCUGGCAACGUCAUGUAGUGAAGAAAACUGACACCUGAAUGAGGAUAAGAAGUGAACUCUACUUGGCAAAAAGAACACAUCUUGAGUAUUUACGAAGUAGGCAGUAGAGGAUAAGAACCUGGUGUGUUUAUUCUGAUCAUGGUACAUUUAUCACUGAAUUAAGCCAUCAGGGAAAAAAACAAAAAAAGAACACCUCCAGCUUUUCUUUUUCUGUAUAUACUCAUGUCUCCAAAUUCUAACAUUUCUCACUGAAAGGGGACAUGUAUGCAAACCUCAUUUUUCUCCUUCAUUAAUGAUGACCUUCAGAUUAAACCCUUUGGUGCUAGGAGCUGGCAUUUUCCAAAGCAGCCUAUGAAGCCCAGGAGGCUGGGGGCCCUCUUGCAGCACGCGGGAGGCCAUCUGACUCCAGGAGUGAUCGUGGAAAUGCGUGGUGGUACCUGUCUGACAGCUCCCAAACGGAGGACCGCAGCAUGGCGCAGCGUUCGCCUGCGCCGUGACUCCUCGCAGGCUGAGUCCUGCUCAUCUGCAGAUGUCUUAGCCUCUUGGCGCUGGAAGUACGGAUGUAGAGACAGGAGACCACGCGGGGCGGGCGGACCGCUGGGACUGACGGGGGUAAAGGGCAUUUUACUAAGGCAGCUAAGACACAUUCCAACAUAGAUUUUAUCCUGAUUUUUCGUAUCUCUACCUGAGUGAAGUCCAUCCUUCGUCCUGAGUAAGAAGUUACAGCGAAUGGUGGUUCAUCCUUUCUUACAGCUCAGCUUCUUUUUCUCACUUGGAUUUUGUUGAAUGCUUCACUUUGACACGAAAGUAGACUAGAAGGUAUGUUCUGUAAGUUGUCUUGCAUACGUUACAUAAAAGAACCAGGUGAGAGAGACUUGGUGAAGGCUGACUGGCCGGAGCUCAGAGCGCUCGUCCUUUAGCGGGAGCGUGUGACACCGCACACCAGGCACAUCGGUAGCUUUUUCUUUUCCCCCAAGUAUUAAGGUGAUUUCCAUGACCUUGGCCAAGGAUACUUCCUAAAGAUUAAUGAUGGCGUCGGCAGUGCCCCGGGCUGGCCACUCCUCACGGCUGGCUCUCAGUCCCCAGCCAGUGCCCGGGGCUCCGUCACUGAUCCCCCAGCCCCACCCGAGGUUCCGUUAGUGUCAUGCUCAGUGUUUUCUUGGCUUCGAUUUUGAGAAUCCCUCACUUUCAGUCCCAGAUCUCAAUCAGCUGACAUGGAGAAAAAGAGAGAUGGAUGUAGAAGGAGAUUUAUCAAACUUCCCCGUGUCUGCCCCUAGCUGUAGUUUUGGACUCUGGCAGAUGGACAAGUCUGAACCCUAGGCUCAUUCUAGCAGAGUGCAGUGCAGACUGCGUGGGCUCCAUCUCGUCCUGACUUUCAUGGUUUGCCCUCUUGUCGUGAUGCGGCCGUCUUGGAGGAAAUUGGCCAUUUCUGCUCGGGUUUGUGGCAGGGUUGCGCACAGCUUUGCUUUCCACACUAAUUUCAUAGCAUUAUUCCAGUGUUGUUUUCCAUGUCCCAGACCUGAUUUCUGGCUUCUUAAAGCUGAGUGUUCUUGCAGGGGCCUCUUGCUUCUCCUAGAGUACAACAGUAAGGGCCGUCCUUACUAACUGCAGGGUCUCGAUAUUACACCUCAGUGUACACACUUUGCUGCUACUGUUUGUCCCGUCUACAGUAGAAUUUCCUGAUCUUGCUCCUGGUAGUGCAUUACAGGCAAGCAUGAAAUGUAAAGUAUUUAUUUAAAUAAAAAGAAAACCUCUAAAUUGGUAAUUGAAUUACCUCCCUGUAGCUUUAUAGUUUGUGACAUCUCUUGACCUGGCUAGUUCUUUCAUUAGAUCCGCGCAAGAUCUAGUCAUCUGGGUAAGGAUUUUAAGCAGACGCAACUAUGAACCCAAGAAACUGUAUUACUAUUACCGUUGGUCAUACUAAAACUGUUUAUUUCCUUAAGUAUAUGACCCGCAAGGAUGUGAAAUAACUACAAGAAACUGUUUUGUACACUGUACAUCCUUAGUAUUUUUACACGCAUAUGAUAGGGAUGCACAUUAUUUUCCUUCGUACAGACAGCUUAAAUAAAGCACUAUGUCAAUCUGCUA